UUUUUGGAUUUGCUUUCGACUCCGGGGACCACCAUGAAGUUGUUUGCUGCCGUCCUUGUCGCGUCCGCCGCCGCCUCCAAGCAGUCGGUGAGCACGCUCUCGGCUGACGAGCGCCCCGAGUUGGCCAUGUGGCGUGAGCAGUAUGUAGCCCCGGCCGCGGUGGAGGGUCUGUUGCCACGCGGCACCGAGAACCGGACGGCGCUGCCGGCGCGGUUGCGUCCGCCUGUGCAAGCGGACCAGGCGCAGCUGCGUCGGUCCUACGAGGACGCGAAGCCGAUGGACGCGCGCCCUCGCCCGUCGAUGGCGGGGGUGAAGGGUGUGCAGGCGGUGUGCAGCACCUCGACGUUCGCCAGUGCGACGGGUUCGGCGCUGGUCGCGGCGGUGAAGGCGGCGACCACUGACUGCAUCAACUCCCUGUUCAGUGUCUCUGGCGCGGACGCGUACUCGAUUUUCCGGGAGGCGCAAAUGGUGUCCGUGGCCGACGCGCUGCGCUCGGCCGCUGCCACCUACCAGGGUAACAACAGCGGCAGCACUGCUCAGCUGGUGCUGUUCCUGCGCGCCGGGUACUACGUGCACUACUACGACAGCAGUGUCGGUGCGUACGGGACGGCGCUGUCCACGGCGAUCAAGGGCGCGCUGGACACGUUCUUCGCCAACAGCCGCGCCUUCGACGUGACCGACGCGAACGGCGAGACGCUCUCCGAUGCCGUCACCCUGAUCGACAGCGCGGAGGAGAACGCCCGCUACCUGAGCGUGAUCAAGCGCCUGCUGAACGGGUACAACUCGUCGUACGACGCCUCGUGGUGGAUGCUGAACGCCGUCAACAACGUCUACACGGUGCUGUUCCGCGGUCACCAGGUCCCGGCGUUCGUGUCCGCGGUGGCGGCUGACCGCAGCGUGCUGGACACGCUGUACAACUUCGCCAACACGCACAAGAACCUGCUGGGUGGGACGCAGUCCUACCUUGUCUCCAACGCCGGUCGUGAGCUCGGUCGGUUCUUGGGUGACGCCGCGAUCCGUCCGACGGUCAAGCCGCUCGUGGUCGGUUUGCUCGGCCAGAGCUCCAUCACCGGCCCGACCGCUCCCCUGUGGGUCGGUCUCGCCGAGAUGACCGACUCCUACGACAAGGCCGCCUGCGCCGACUACAACACUUGCGACCUGUCGGCCCGGCUCAUCAGCGCCGUGCUGACGUCGACCUACACCUGCAGCAGCAGCAUCCGCAUCCUGGCGCAGGACAUGACAGCCAGCGAGCUCAGCAGCAGCUGCAACAGCCUGCUGUCCCAGGACGCGUACUUCCACAGCGUCGCGCGGGACAACGGCCCGGUGGCCAACGACUACGGCACGACCAUCGAGGUCGUCGUCUUCGACUCCAGCACGGACUACCAGACGUACGCCGGUGCGAUUUACGGCAUCAACACCAACAACGGUGGGAUGUACCUGGAGGGUGACCCGGCCUUGUCGGGCAACCAGCCGCGCUUCAUCGCCUACGAGGCCGAGUGGGUGCGUCCCACCUUCCAGAUCUGGAACCUGAACCACGAGUACACCCACUACCUCGACGGCCGGUUCAACAUGUACGGCGACUUCAACGCCGGUAUCUCGACGCCGACCGUCUGGUGGAUCGAGGGCUUCGCAGAGUACAUCUCCUACUCCUACCGGAACGUCCCCUACACCGCGGCUAUGACCGAAGCCGGCAAGCAGACCUACUCGCUGCGCACGCUGUUCGACACCACGUACAGCAACGACCAGACCCGCAUCUACAACUGGGGCUACCUGGCGUCGCGGUUCAUGCUCACCCGGCACCCCAACGAGAUGGCCACGAUCCUGGGCUACUACCGGACCGGCAACUGGGCGGCCGCCCGUACGUUCCUGACCAGCACCAUCGGCACCUCGUACGACAGUGAGUUCCGUACCUUCCUGUCGGCCUGCGCCGCUGGCGACUGCGGUGGCUCCACCCCGACAACCAACCCCACCCCCACCACCAAGCCUACCCCCACCACCAAGCCUACCCCUACCACCAAGCCUACCCCCACCACCAAGCCUACCCCUACCACCAAGCCUACCCCCACGACCUCCCAACCUGACGUGUGCGCCGGCUGCACUGGGUGCUACUACCCCGGCGCGAGCCAGUGCUUGCCUCCCGAGUACACACGGAGCGACUGCGACUACUACAGUGCUUCGUACGGCACGGUGUGGUGCGGCAUCUAA